AAGCGAAGCCAACGUUUCAGUGGCGGUUGUCUCUGCGCCUUCGGGUAACCGUUUCUCUUGCGCCAGCGCCAUGUUGCUUCUGGGCGGAAGUAUCUGAUCCACGGCUCGGCCCCUUUAAAGGGAUAGGAACUUCGGUAACCUUAGGAAUACACUUAAGCUGCAGCGGAGAAGCAGUUCAAAAGGAGGGAUCGAAACCACGACUGCCUGCUUGCAAGAGAUGGGUGGGAGCUAUUGGAUGUGAGGUCCACAAAGUCCCUUCAGUGUGUUUGGGAUCGAGAUUACCGGGCAGCAGAUGGUAUCUCUUCAUCUGGAUGAUGUGAAACCAGCCUGGCAAUCCCUCUACCUUCACUGCAGUUGGAGCUGCAAGGUUUACCAGGCUGUCUCUUCCUCCUCCUUUGGCCCUGGAGAGGAAGUCAGCAGUGCCCAGGAUCUGAGACGCAUGUUCUGGAACACAGCAACCAUUUGUGUGCCCCUGGUGUGGCUUCUCCAGGGAAGGAAGGCUGGCGUCCCACUCGUGCGGGGCUUGCACCAGACUCUCACCAUGGCCAAACGGCUACAGGCCCGAAGACUGGAGGGGAUGGAGCACAACCCCUGGGUAGAGUAUGUCAAGCUGGCCAAUGAACACAAAGAUGCCGUCAACUUGGGCCAGGGAUUCCCGAACUUCCCUCCCCCAGACUUUGCCGUGGAAGCCUUUCAACAGGCUGUCAGCGGGGACUACAUGCUCAACCAGUACACUAUGGCGUUUGGUUACCCACCGCUGACAAAGAUCCUGGCAAGUUUCUUCGGGAAGCUGCUGGGACAGGAGUUGGACCCACUCGCCAACGUGCUGGUCACCGUGGGUGCCUACGGGGCCCUGUUCACGGCCUUUCAGGCCCUGGUGGAUGAGGGAGACGAGGUCAUCAUCACUGAACCUUUUUUUGACUGUUAUGAGCCCAUGACACUGAUGGCAGGGGGGCGUCCUGUGUUUGUGUCUCUGAAGCAGAGCCCCAACCAGGACCUGGAUUCCAGCAGCAGCUGGCAGCUGGAUGCCACGGAGCUGGCCAGCAAGUUCACGCCUCGCACUAAAGUCCUGGUGCUCAACACACCCAACAACCCUCUCGGGAAGGUGUUCUCCAAGGUGGAGCUGGAGCUGGUGGCCAGCCUGUGCCGGCAGCACGAUGUGCUGUGCAUCAGUGACGAGGUCUACCAGUGGCUCGUCUAUGACACCAACCAGCACAUCAGCAUAGCUACCCUCCCUGGCAUGUGGGAUCGGACCCUAACCAUCGGCAGUGCUGGGAAGACCUUCAGCGUCACCGGCUGGAAGGUGGGCUGGGUUCUGGGUCCUGAGAACAUCAUGAAGCACCUGCGGACGGUGCACCAGAACUCCAUCUACCACUGCCCUACGCAGGCCCAGGCUGCGGUAGCCCAGUGUUUCGAGCAGGAGCGGGAGAUCUUCGGCCAAUCUAGCAGCUACUUUGUGCAGCUGCCUCAGGCCAUGCAGCGCAAGCGGGACCACAUGAUCCGCAGCCUGCGGUCCGUGGGCUUCAAGCCUGUGGCCCCCCAGGGCAGCUACUUCCUCACCGUGGACAUCUCGGACUUUAAGAGCAAGAUGCCUGACCUGCCUGGUGCUGCUCAUGAACCCUAUGACAGACGCUUCACCAAGUGGAUGAUCAAGAACAAGGGCCUGGUAGCUAUACCAGUCUCCAUCUUCUACAGCGGGCCACAUCAGAAGGACUUUGAUCAUUACAUCCGAUUCUGCUUUGUGAAGGAAGAAGCCACGCUCCAGGCCAUGGAUGAGAAGCUGCAGAAGUGGAAGGCUGAGCUCAAAUUUUGAGUUCACACGGUUCUUGGGUCACACAGGUGCCUCUUCAUCUAGGUUCCAGCCACUCCCACAUCAGGAGGCUGGGACUGGAGACUGCUGCUCUGUAAUCCAGACUGUUCCUAGGGAAGAUGUCAUCUGUUCCCUCCAGUGGUGCCUGGAACCCCUGUUUUGGUGUAGAUGAGAGAGGCCUGAGAGCUCUCUGCCCCUCCCUGGGUCCGUUGUAGGCCCUUGGGUCUCUCCUGGCUUAGCUGGGAGAACUGACACCAUAGAAGACCCUGAGUCCCAGCCCUGUCCCCCAUCCUCUCCUGGCCCCAGCUGAAGCUCAGGUAUCUCCUCUACCUUCCCACGUCUAACCUUGAUCACAGAAAGUUCAAUUCAGUCUUGAGUCUUUCUUGCCUGUAAUAAAAUUUUAAAUUAUUCAAA